AGAGAGAGAGAGACAGAGAGAAAUAAAAGAGAGACUGGUGAAGGAAUGACUGUUUACAGAUGCUAAGUGUAUGUGAGAACUUUAUUAACGUUAUUCCAAGGAUGUUCCGCAGUAUUAAAUUCAACUAUAAAUGGAUAAAAGGCACAGUGUACCAUUCAUUAAUUGCUGUUGUAUAAGUUUAAAUACAUAAAAAUACUGAUGGUGAGUACAAAAGUUACUGAUUUCACCCUACAGGUUGACAGUAACAACAAAAGCUGAGGUUUAGGGCCUUGGUGUAACCCUAGAUGCUGAUUUAUUAGUUGAAUGCCACUGAGGUAUAUCAGUUGAGCUGCAGAUUAUCUGUUUCCCUUCCAUUAAUGGAUGGACAAUGGGUAAAGAGCUGAUGCAUUGUGUGAAGCAACAAAUGGACUACAGUCUGUAAAUCCAUACCUAUAAAGUGCAUCGACACUGAUAAGCCAUAACAUUAAAUCCAGGUGAAGUGAAUAACACUGAUCAUCUCGUUACACUGGCACCUCUCGAGGGUGGGAUAUAUUUAUUAGGCAGCAAGGGAAGGGAACAGUCAGUUCUUAUAGUUGAUGUGCUGGAAAAAGGAAAAAUGGGCGAGCGUAAGGAUCUGAGCGACUUUGACAAGGACCAAAUUGUGAUGGCUAGACGACUGGGUCAGAGGAUCUCCAAAACGGCAAGUCUUGCACUGGUUAGUACCUACCAAAAGUGGACCAAUGAAGGACAACCAGUGAACCGGUGACAGGGUCAUGGGCACCCAAGGCGCAUUGAUCCACGUGUUCAGAGAAGGCUAGCCCGUCUGGUCUGAUCCCACAGAAGAGCUACUGUAGCACAAACUGCUGAAAAAGUUCAUGCUGGCCUUCAGAAGUCCUCUGGAGUCCAUGCCUCGAUGGCUCAGAGCUGUUUUGGUGGCACAAGGAGAGGGGGACCUACACGAUAUUACACAGAUAGUUUUAAUGUUAUGGCUGAUCGGUGUGUACAUGCGGUCUACCUGGCCAAUGAGUGUACAUGCAAGAUAGAUGACGCUAAUAAAUUGUCUCCCUUUUUCUCCUGUUCUUGUUUAGGAGGCGACACCUCAUGGAGCAGAUAUUACAGACUUGCUGCAGUGUGCUUGACCCUGUUGUGUGUCCUCCUGAAUUCUGCUGUCUUAGUGCUGUGGGUCAAGUUCAACAACUUGACUACAGAAAACACCGAUUUACAAACUCAUUACAGCAAACUCCUUCUAGAGCACCAAACCGGCUACGAAAACAUGACUUUUGAUAGAGACCGGUUACAGACCAGGUACAACAACCUGAUAGUCGAGAGAGACCAGUUACAAACCAACUACAAAAACCUGAUAGUCGAGAGAGACCGGUUACAGAUGAACUACAACAACCUGACCAUUGAAAGAGACCGGCUACAGACCAGCUACAACAACUUGACCAUAAAGAUAGACUGGUUACAAACCAGCUAUAACAACCUGACAGUCGAGAGAGACCGGAUACAAAUGAACUCCAACAAGUUGACCGUCAAGAUAGACCAGUUACAGACCAGCUACAACAACCUAACAGUCGAGAGAGACCGGUUACAGACCAGCUACAACAACCUGACCACUGAGAGAGACCAGUUACAGACCAGCUACAACAACCUAACAGUCGAGAGAGACCGGUUACAGACCAGCUACAACAACCUGACCACUGAGAGAGACCAGUUACAGACCAGCUACAACAACCUAACAGUCGAGAGAGACCGGUUACAGACCAGCUACAACAACCUGACCACUGAGAGAGACCAGUUACAGACCAGCUACAACAACCUAACAGUCGAGAGAGACCGGUUACAGACCAGCUACAACAACCUGACCACUGAGAGAGACCAGUUACAGACCAGCUAUAACAACCUGAUAGUCGAGAGAGACCAGUUACAGAACAGCUACAACAACCUGACAGUCGAGAGAGGCCGGUUACAGACCAGCUACAACAACCUGACUAUGGUGAGAGAAAAGGACCAGGAAAAAUGUAAGGAACUGACUAACGAACUGGAGAAACUGCAGACAAACUACAGCACCAUGGCAAACCAGAAAGACCAGUUACAGAAGGAGAGAGAUGUACUUCGGAACAGGUUGGAAAAGCUAGCUGCACAGGGCAGAGGAGGAUGGGUCUACUUCAGCCCCAAUCUUUACUUCAUCUCUACUGAGAAGAAAAGCUGGACUGAGGGCAGACAGGACUGCAAAAAGAAGGGAGCAGAACUCGUGACCAUCAAGACCAAAGAGGAACAGGAGUUCCUUGUUCAGCAGCUGGGCAGCGAUAAGGCUUGGAUUGGUUUAAAUGACAGAAAUACAGAGGGGACCUGGAAAUGGGUGGAUGGUACAGCACUGACCACUGCGUACUGGGUUCCGGGGGAACCCAACGAUAUAGGCAACGAGGACUGUGCUGAGAUUUGGGGUUUUCCGGAUAAGCAGGGCUGGAACGACAGGCCGUGCAAUGGCAAAGUGAGAUGGAUCUGUGAGAAACCUUCUCAGACUUUGCAGUGGUACGUUGAGAAAUGAAAUAAUAAAAGGUUUGGUCAUGAUGUAAUAACGCAACACUGACUCAGUCUCACUACGUUGUAUUUUCAGAUUAAACUCAAGCCGUCCGUCAGCAGCGAUCUCCACUGACUGCGUUACAAAAGUACCCUUGAGUACCCCAUACAAUUAUUACAUAAUAUUACUCUCACUAGCUAUCUAGUGCAUAUAGAUAAUAUUGAGGUACUGCAGUAAUGUCUCUCUCUAUGUAUAUAUAACUUCAGCUUACGGCAUACACGGUGUUAGUACCCGACUACUAAGCUAGCGCUUGCCACUUUAUUAGGAACACCUGUACACCUGAUUAAUGCAAUAAUCCAAAUCAGCCAAUCACGUGGGAGCAUGCAGAUACAAGUCAACCUUUGCAACAAACCACUGACUCAUUGAACCAGCGUUCCCACUGAAGCCUGGAUGUUUUUUUGGUUUUCACACCAUUCUGUACAUACUUUAGAGACUCUUUGUGUGUGUGUGUGUGUGUGUGUGUGUGUGUGUGUGUGUGUGUGUGUGUGUGAGAAAAUCUCUGGAGAUCAGCAGUUUCCGAAAUACUCAAAAUCGGCCCAUCUGGCUGGUGAUGCCGGCUGAGGCUCUUGCAUGAACGAGUGUGUGUACGGGUGUUCCUAAUAAACUGGACGGUGAACGUGUGCUACUCUAAUGAAAAUCAUGAACACUGAUGUAAUACUAAGCCAGCGCUCGAAAUUCAACACCUUCUUCGUGAAGCUGCUAGUUAGUUGUGUUUAGCUAACUUACUGUAAUGACCGUUCUCUAUGGACGCACUGUAAAAUGUAAAAACCAAAACGCUGACACGUUUUCUUUAAUUUCCAUUUAUCUGUAGUAGCGAGACGUUUCGCAUAUAGUUGUCUGUGUUAAAGUUUUACGUCACUGUUUUAAAGAAAAUCAAUGACUUUAGCUUGAACUGUUUAGCUUUUUUUGAAGAAUCUAACCAGCGUUCUCUGUAAACAUAAAUAGUCCAAAUCAAGUCAGUUAAUGUCCCCAACCCUCAGCCUCAUCUACUCCACACGCUCACUGAAUAUUUUGGAAAUGAAAUGUUGGAUUUCACUGAACGCUGGGACACGUUUCCAGGUAACGAUCUAGCCGAUCAGCCUGUAAGCUUUGAGUAUCAUUUUUAAACAGCAUUGCCAGUAAACAUGCCAAGAGUUUAUAUUUUUAUUUUAUUAAAAUUUUUAAAUGACAAAUGUGUGUUACAUUUAAUCAAUCUUUCGCUCUAUUCAUCCAUUUUUUUCCUUUCAUGUUUUUAUUUUCUUUCAUUUUUUUAAAAAUAACAUUACAGGCUAUGUAGUCGGGAACUGCUUGCAGGCAGUGGCACUCGUGAAAAUUCGUGAUAUCGUCGUUUUAUUCUUCAUUAACCAUGACAGAAAUCGAAAGCGCCCUGAGAGCCCAUUCGAGAGAAUGUGAGAUCGGGAAGUG